GUUUUCAGCUUCAACCUGCCUCAGAUGGCCCUGGCCACAUCCUUUGAAGGGAAGCACGGCAGUGUGAGGUACUGGGUAAAAGCCGAGCUGCACCGUCCAUGGCUGCUCCCCGUCAAAGUGAAGAAAGAGUUCAUUGUGUUCGAGCACAUCGACAUCAACACGCCACUGCUGCUGGCCCCUCAGGCUGGUACAAAGGAGAAGACCCUGUGCUGCUGGUUCUGUGCUUCAGGCCCGAUCUCCCUCAGUGCCAAGAUUGAGCGCAAGGGCUACACACCAGGCGAGUCUAUUCAAAUCUUCGCCGAGGUGGAGAACUGUUCGUCCCGGGUCGUGGUGCCCAAGGCUGCGCUGUACCAGACCCAGACCUUCUUCGCCAAGGGCAAGGGCAAGCAGAUCCAGCAGCUGGUGUCCAAUCUGCGAGGAGACCAUCUGCCACAGGGGAAGAGCCAGAGCUGGGAGGGAAAACUGCUCAAAAUACCUCCGGUGUCCCCCUCCAUCCUGGACUGUCCCAUCAUCAGGGUGGAGUACGCCCUCGUGGUGUACGUGGACGUCCCUGGUGGGUUGAACUUGUCGCUCUCGUUGCCGUUGGUGAUCGGGACCAUACCUCUCCAUGCCAGCGCCACGCGCACCUCCAGCAUCAGCAGCAACUGCAGCACUUUGAGCUGGCUGGGGCUGUCGGAGAGACCCGAGGCGCCACCGAGCUACAGCGAUCUGGCAAUAUCGGAGUCCCACAGGCGGGACUAUCUGCAGGGCUGUGAUAGGUCUGAUGGGGAGGGAGAGGACCAGGGAUCUCUGCUAACAUAUAUCACAGAGUUCAGAUAUCUCCCCCCGCCACUCUACUCUGAGGUUGACCCUUUCCCCGACCCGGUGGAGGUGCGUGCGGCCACAGAUGUCAGGAGACCCGACACGUGUCCGUCCCGCUGAGGGGAGCUCGGGCGGCUCAGACGGCUUCUGCACAAACAAGACACCAUCACCCUCAGCUACCAGGUCCACGCAGCCAGCUUUUUCACCAGAUUAUAUAUCACGAUAAAUGAGGCUAGACCCUCCCUGACCCGGGAAUGUCAGCUGAGAGAGUAUUAGGUGACCAUUGACAUAUGGACCAGGGAUUCUGAGACGUGCCGGAUCCUCCAUAUCCUGUGCUCAAGACGAGGCGCAAAAAAAAGAAAAAGAAAAAAGAAAAAAACCAGUUCUGUCUGACACCACUGUAUGACUCUGUCAGAAGAAGCCUCCUCCUGCCUCACAGUGAAUUUUGCACAUACCGUACUUACUGUUUUUCUAUCUGUGGUUUUACCCACUGCAGAUUCCCGCAGGCCUAUAUGCUACAGUAGAGUCUGUCCACAGAUCUAAACAAUAUUGUACUCUUUAAUCUAAAUGGCACAUGUAAUACAGGACAAAAGCUAUCUUCACUAAAAUGAUAGCUCGAGCUUGUGACUGUGGCCUGGAGGUGUCACCGUCACCAACCACACUUCAGGUGGAAAAUGUCUCUUUUUGUGAACAAAGCUGAAACUCAGAGAUUUAAAAAAACAAAAACAGAUGGUGUUUCUGAUGAUUAGUUGUAGAAAUGUGUCACAAAAACGACCACCUCGAGCACUUAACAUAGAGCUCAGAUUGUGUGUGAGUGUGUGUGAACGAGAGAGACAGUGUGUGUGUGUGUGUGUGUGUGUGUGUGUGUGUGUGUGUGUGCUGGUUUAAAUGGCCAGGUAAAAACCCAGACAGGCUCUAGAAAAAAGCACAACUCCGACCAACCAAGAUAAAGUACCACAAGUCGCCUGUUGGUUUCUGCUCUGAACUGAAGCUUCUCUUGCUGUAGAUUUUUCCAAACAUGGAUGUUAAGAAGCUUUGUGCUCGCAAAAAGAACGGCAGAGUAAAAGAUAAAUGUUUACAGAUGAAUAUAUCAAACUGAGAAUGUUGUUCAAACAUGACUUCUUCCACCUAAAACUUCAAAGUACCAAGUGCAAUAUAUUUUUGUAUUUGUGAUUUUUUUGCACUAGUUUUUCAUAUACUCUGUUGCUGUUUAUUCCAUUUCUGUGCAUUAUAUAUUAUUGUUAUGAUCUUAUUGCUGUCAUGAUCAACUUUUGAUAAAAUA